GCCGCGCGAGUGCUGGGACACGGGUUGCGGCUGCGGGGCGCAGAGGAGCGUGCGAGCAGAGACUGUGCUGGGAAGACCCGGCCCUGAGCGCUCUCUUGCACCAGCUGGCAACCCCCACCUCGACCCGGCUGGCGCUCGACACCCGGUUCUCUUGACUGGAGAAGCGACUCCACUUGUCUCCACCAAUCCCCGUGCCUGCCGGGGCAGCAUCUCCUGCACGUGAGCUGGCGGGGGACCGUAGACAGGACCCUCGGGGAGAGAGGGCCCCCCGUGCCCUGGUAGGCCGCCCUCUGCCCCGCGAGCACCCUGACAUGGAAGAGUUCCGGCGUGCCUACAGCCGGCUAUGCCAGGAGCGCGGGGCAGAGCCUCAGGAGGCUGUGCUGCGGCAGCUGCAAGAGCCCCGGAGGGGCCAGCUGGACCUGGCCACGCAGACCCUGGCCACCGACACCUGCGAGGCCCUGGGCCAGCUGCUGCAGAGCCAGACGCUGUUCACGGAGCUGGUGCUUAGAGACUGCAUGCUGAGCGAGGAAGGGGCCAGGCUGUUGCUGCAGGGACUCUGCUCCAACUCAGUUGUCCGGCUCCUGGACCUCAAGGGCAACAACCUUUGCGCUGUGGGGGCAGAGGCGCUGGGGAAACUGCUGAAGCAGAACAAGUCCAUCCAGAGCCUCACCCUGGAGUGGAACAACCUGGGCGCCUUGGAGGAGGCCUUCGCCACCUUCUGCGCGGGCCUGGGGGCCAACGGCGUCCUGCGGCAGCUGGACCUCCGCAAUAACCAGGUCACUCACAGGGGGGCCGAGGAGCUGGCCUUGGCCUUGAAGAGUAACACCAGCCUCCAGCAGCUGGACCUGCGCUGGAACAACCUUGGCCUCCUCGGGGGCCGAGCCCUAGUGAGCUGUCUCCCCAGCAACAGGACGCUGUGCCGGCUGGAGCUGGCUGGGAACAAUAUCCCCGGGGACAUCCUCAGAGCCGUGGAGCAGGCCGUGGACCACAACCAGGACCGGCAGGCGGCAUUCCGGGAGAGCCAGGUCCGCUCUCAUGUGCUCAGCAAGGAGGUGCGCAGCCUGCGGGAGGAGAAAUCCAAGCAGUUCGUGGACUUGAUGGAGACCAUUGACAAGCAGCGAGAGGAGAUAGCGCGGAGCAGCAGGAAUAACGCCGCCCGUGUGGGCCAGCUGCAGGAUGCCCUGAACGAACGACACUCAAUCAUCAACGCCCUCAAGGCCAAGCUCCAGAUGACAGAGGCUGCCUUGGUGUUGUCGGAACAGAAGACCCAGGACCUGGGCGAUCGGCUGGCGGCUGCUGACCAGGAGCGGCUGAGCCUGUCCCAGAAGCAAGCCAAGGAGCGCAGGCUGGAGCAGCAGGAAGCCGCCGAGCGUGAGUCCAAGCUCCUUAGGGACGUGUCUGCUGCCCAUGAGAAGGGUGUGCUCCUGCGGAGCCAGGUGGAUGAGCUGGAGCGCAAGGUGAAGUCCCAGCAGGAGCAGCUGUUCGAAGCCCGGCAGGAGCUGACCAACACGUCAGCGGAGCUGAAGCUGCGGGCCGUCCAGGCCGAGGAGCGCCUGGACUUGGAGAGGAAGAGGUUCAAGCAGAGCCUGGCAGACUCGGAGCAGCUGCGUGUCAGAGAGGUGGAGCUGAUGACCUGCCACCUGGAGGAGAGCCAGCGGGCCCUGCAGGAGCGAGUACAGAGGCUGGAGAGCACGCGGCUGGCCCUGGAGGAGGAGCUGAGCCGAGUCAAGGCGGCAGCCCUCAGCGAGCGAGGGCAGGCUGAGGAGGAGUUCCUGAAGGCCAGGACCCAGUUCCGGCUGGAGGAGCAACAGCGCCUGGUACAACUGGAGGAGAAACUACGGUUGCUGGCACAGGCCCGGGAUGAGGCCCAGAGUGCCUGCCUGCAGCAGAAGCAGGCGGUAGCUGAGGCCCAGGCUCGGGCCAGUCAGCUCAGCCUGCAGGUGGACAGCCUGCAGCGGCGCCUGGAAGACCUGCAGCAGGCACUGAGCAGCAAGGACCAAGAGAAGGUGGCUGAGGUGAAUCGGGUGCGGGUGGAGUUGCAGGAGCAGAUGGGACGCCUGCAGACCGAGCUGACGGCCCAGGAGGGGCUGAGGGAAAAGGUGGCUGCCCUGGAGCGCCAACUGAAAGUGAUUUCAAAUGACCACCGGGAGGCGCUGCUGGACAAGGAGAGUGAGAACGCCUCCCUGCGCGAGAAGCUGAGGCUCAAGGAGGCGGAAAUCACGCGCAUCUACGAGGACCAGGCUCAGAGGGCCAGCGUCCUGCAAAACGCAGUCCUUUCCUACGUGCAGGGGGCGCCCCUGCGGACCCUAAGCCCCCACAAAUGAGGGAAGUCGGGGCGCUGACAGAGAGAGAGGCCUGGUGUCCGGAGCUGGAGAAGCAGGGGGAAGGCUUGGCCCCUCCCACCCUGCCCUGCCUUACCCUGCCCUUCAGCAGAGCCCACAGACGGCCUUCAGCGACAAGAGCCUGUCUCUCCUGUCCACAUGGAGCUGGGGGACUGGCUGGUGCUGCUGGGUGGUCAGAGCCCUUUCCCACUGCAACCCCCACCCCUAGAACCACGUGCCUGCAGCGUGCCAGCCAGCUGCACGGGGCGCAUACUGGCCUCGUGCGUACAGGGCAAUACAGGAUUUUCAUACUUUGUCGUACACACUGGCUCUGUGCUUUUCUCCGGCAGCACCCAACUCACUCCACCACCCCCAGCAGCCCCCGGAGACCCGCUGCAAGGGUGCUAGGUGUGGCCUACUGCUGGCCAUCCAUCGGAGGACUGGGGUGGGUGAGGGAAUUGGUGACCGAGUGCAAAAUCCCAGUCCUCACCCCCUUCCUCCAGGCUAGAGGGGGUGUGCAUGGGUUUCAGCCCCGCAGGCGUUCCCGGACCAAACUGGGGUGGCAGGAUAACUGCGUGUCUGCACCGAGCCCCCUAGGGCCGCCUGCGUGGCCCUGUCCCCUGGGUCUUGGUCACCAGGGACCUGAGCCCCGGGCACCAGGGUCCUGCUCCUAAACCAGACCCUGGAGACUGGCAACCAGCCUGGAGGUCCCCGGGCCACACCCCCUCCGCCUGACCCCCGCGGCCCCGCCCUCCGGCGUGGUCCUGGGGGCGGGGGCGGGGCG